AGGUUUCUGUCCUCUACGUUGUACAUCAGUGGGAUCACUCUACUGGAACAAGAUAAUGUAGUCUUCAACCCAUUGAAGGAAAGGGAAUAUUUGUUCAUACUUAUGAUGAUUUGACAUAAUUCACGUAUUAUUAACCAUGAUGGCAACACAGACAUUAAGUAUAGACAACUAUCAAGAUGGACAACAGAUGCAAGUAGUAACAGAAUUAAAAACUGAACAAGAUACUGAUGCAGAAGGGGUGAGUCCUGCCCCUGUAGAAUCUCAAACUCCAAUGGAUGCAGACAAACAGGCCAUUUACAGGCACCCACUAUUUCCCCUAUUAGCACUGUUAUUUGAAAAAUGUGAACAGUCUACACAAGGCUCAGAAGGCACAACUUCUGCUAGUUUUGAUGUAGAUAUUGAAAACUUCGUAAGGAAGCAGGAGAAAGAAGGAAAACCCUUUUUCUGUGAGGAUCCAGAAACUGAUAAUUUGAUGGUAAAAGCAAUCCAAGUUCUACGUAUCCAUCUGCUUGAGCUAGAAAAGGUUAAUGAACUCUGCAAGGAUUUCUGUAGUCGUUACAUUGCCUGCCUGAAGACAAAAAUGAACAGCGAAACUCUAUUAAGUGGAGAGCCUGGAAGUCCUUAUUCACCUGUGCAAUCUCAGCAAAUUCCAAGUGCCAUUGCAGGCACACUCAGUCCCCAAGGGAUUAUGGUGCCAGCAUCAGCAUUGCAGCAGGGAAACGUAACUAUGGCAACAGUAGCAGGAGGGACAGUGUACCAGCCAGUCACUGUGGUCACUCCACAAGGUCAAGUGGUGACACAAGCACUGUCACCUGGGACUAUUCGGAUCCAGAACUCUCAGCUUCAGUUGCAAUUAAACCAAGAUCUAGGCAUCUUGCAUCAAGAUGAUGGCUCAUCAAAAAAUAAAAGAGGAGUUCUUCCCAAGCACGCCACAAAUGUGAUGAGAUCUUGGCUUUUUCAGCACAUAGGGCAUCCAUAUCCAACAGAGGAUGAGAAGAAACAGAUUGCAGCACAAACAAAUCUGACACUACUCCAGGUUAACAACUGGUUUAUCAAUGCUAGAAGGCGAAUUCUUCAGCCAAUGCUGGAUUCCAGUUGUUCUGAAACUCCAAAAACAAAGAAGAAAACGGCUCAGAACCGACCAGUUCAGAGGUUCUGGCCUGACUCCAUUGCCUCAGGAGUUGCUCAGCAGCAAUCUAACGAGCUUACAAUGUCAGAUGGUGCUGUUGUAACAAUUACAGCUCCAGUCAACAUGAAUGUAGACAGUCUUCAGUCUUUGUCAUCCGAUGGUGCUACUUUGGCUGUUCAACAGGUUAUGAUGGCAGGGCAAAGUGAGGAUGAGUCUGUAGACAGCGGUGAAGAUGAUGGAGGAGAUCUCUCAACAACAAACAUCAGUGGGCUGGUCUUGGAUAACAGCGAUUCUCUGCAGUAGGAAGCAAGAGAGUGUGACAAAAUCUUUAGGAAAAAGAAUGAACUGACUGACUGACUGUUUUUAUAGUUUGCACAGCAAACAUUUUACACAAGUUUUAUUUCUAAUAUGUUUUAUAUGUAGAUAUAGAAGGGUGCACUUUUUUGUAUUUCAUAGUAAGCUUAAAGAGUGUUUUUGCAGGUGCAGCAACUUCUUUCAAAUGUGUUUUGUUUUGUUUGGGGUUUUUUUUUUUCCAUUUCUUUUCCUUCAUAAAAUUAUAUCUAGUAAUAUAAAGAACCACAUAAGCACCCCUUUGUUCUAUGAAUUGAAAGUGCUGCCAUUUCUAAAGAAUAAUGCAGUUUCAAUUAGUGCUGUUAUUUAACACAACUUUUGAUGGGCAGGUGAUGUAAGUUUAAAGCAUGUGACACUAGUGUGUGGAACUUGAUUGUUAAGUUAGAUGCAUAUAUUUGAAAGAUGCUUCUGCACCUUAAAAACUGCUAGUCUGAGGUGGACAGCAACACACAUAAAAAGAAA